UGAGUGGAGGCCAGUGCAGGGAUUGGCAGAGAGGGGUGGAGGGCACUGAAUGGAGGCCAGUGGAGGGAUUGGCAGAGAGGGAUGGAGGGCACUGAAUGGAGGGCCAGUGGAGGAUUGGCAGAGAGGGGUGGAGGACACUGAGUGGAGGCCAGUGGAGGGAUUGGCAGAGUGGGGUGGAGGGACACUGAGUGGAUGCCAGUGGAGGGAUUGGCAGAGAGGGGUGGAGGACACUGAGUGGAGGCCAGUGGAGGGAUUGGUAGAGAGGAGUGGCAGAUACAGAACAGUCGGCCAGUGAGGAGGGAGUUACAAUAGUCAAGGCGGGAUAUAAUAAGGGAGUGAAUGAGUUGCUUAGU